UUUAUAGUGUGUCAAGUGUUAGUCCAAAAACGCAGUAAUAAACCUCAUUUCCCACAGGCCAUAGCGGCAGAAAUCCUGAUCUCUCAUUGGUCCAGCUCUCCUACGAGCGACGAAGGCAGACAUGAGGUGGCGACGGUGGUGAGAGAGCCCGCUCGGCCGAGCGGAGCUCAAAUGAAGCGCACACACGGAGCAGCUCAUUCCGACCUGCAUAGUCGAGCGGCUCACGAAGAAGCUCCACGCCGCCAAAGCUGAACGCUGCUCCGGCUCUGAGCGAAGUCAAGGGCUCCGUCCAUGCGGAGGCUAGCGCUCAUUCUGCUGCCUUGUGCUGUCGCCGUCCUGGUGCACUUGUGGUUGGCACACAGACCUUCUUCCAGCCCGCCGGACAACAACACACACUCCGAUGUGGCGGUACAUUCAUAUGAAGUUUUGGUGGGAGUGCUGUCAGCGAGACAUCACUACGAGUUGCGACAAGCCAUAAGGGAGACCUGGCUGGGCUACGUCAAACACCACCCCCACUUCAAGCACAGAGUGGGGGUGAAAUUCAUCGUGGGCAAACAUGGGUGUCCCAUUCCCGAGGAGGACAGAGAGGAUCCAUACUCCUGCUCCAUCCUGAACUUCACCCAGCCAGUUACAGGACAGGAUACUGAGGCGGAGAUUGUGACGGCCUCUGACCCCUCAGUGCUCGUCCCGUCUGACGUUUCAGCAGUCGCCCUCGACUUCAAGGUCCUCCACCCGGUGGUUAUCACCAAGCUGGGGGUGUUUCCCAGAGGAGCCCGGCCUGAGCUUCAGAGCAACGUAACAGUGAAGCUUCUGCAGCUGGGCCAGGAGGAGGCAGUGGUCACUGCCCGCUUCAGUUCCAUCAGCACUGGGACCAUGGUGCAUGGACUCUGGUACAAACCUGUGGAGCAGUUCAUUUUACCUAAGGGUUUUGAGGGGACACUUGUGUGGGAGAGUCUGGACUCUUCUGGACUGACUACAGUCAACUCUUCCUCACUGAAGCUCAAUGACGGAGGUGGCGUCCUCAAGUUCUCCUCUAUAGCAGAAGGCAUACUGCCUCACAGAAGUGCUCUUGGAUUCCCUGGUUUGGCGGGAGGAUUUACGUUCACUGUAUACGAUGUGGAUGGUCUCUCUGGGCUCCUGCGAGGCCGCCCAGCCAGGAUGGAGCUGCAUGCCUCCAGGCUGAGGCACGAGGAUGCUACCUUACAGCAGGAGAGCCUGAGGCACGGCGACGUGGUUUUCGUAGAUGUGGUAGACACCUACAGGAGUGUGCCUUCCAAACUGCUUCAGUUCUAUAAAUGGUCUGUGGGAAACGCUGACUUUAAUCUGCUGUUGAAGACAGACGAUGAUUGUUACAUCGACAUUGAUUCGGUGUUAAUGAAGAUUGACCACCGGGGUUUAAAGCACAGCAAUUUCUGGUGGGGAAAUUUCAGGCAAAGCUGGGCAGUGGAUCGUAUUGGGAAGUGGCAGGAGCUGGAGUACGCAAGUCCGGCCUAUCCAGCAUUUGCCUGCGGCUCGGGCUAUGUGGUCUCCCGUGACCUGGUCCAGUGGCUCGCCAGCAACGCGGAGAAACUAAAGGCUUAUCAGGGAGAAGAUGUGAGCAUGGGGAUAUGGAUGGCAGCUGUAGGACCACAGAAGUAUCAGGAUCCUGGCUGGCUGUGUGAGAAAGAAUGCUACCUGGACAUGCUGUCGUCUCCACAGCACACAGCAGAGGAGCUGCACGUCCUCUGGGACAGGAAGAGGGCCUGCGGAGACCCUUGUGGUUGUCCCUGGGGCUCCUGAAUCUUGCGCAAACCACAGUCAUCGUGUGGCGUUGCGGGAAAAAGCACUCAAACUUUAGCUGUCAGUUCAGUUACUGUGGUUUCCUUCAAGAAAAGAAAAACCUCAGGCUCCGACAGUGUUUUCACUGGGUUUUAUGGUCAUUGUUAGAUUACAUUGAAUCUCAAAAUGUAUGAUAAUGUAAAGUAUUUUACAGACUUUUAGAGUUCUCUAACAGGUUCUACAACUACCAAAUUAUAAAGCUAACGAACCAUGUGCAGCGCCACGAGGCAUUGAAAGAUCUUUAGCUGUAGCAUCCUGCCACCAUUUGUACCACAGGCCUUUAAAAGACAAAACAUUUCAGCGCUGACUGUGAUGAAUGAGACGCAUGUGCAGUUCACCACGCUGCUGAAAGACACAAAUACUCGAUUACAUUAUAGAUAGUACUCUUAUAUUUGACGGCCAUCGUGACAGACAUUUCAUGGACAUCACUGUGUUUUAAAAACCACUGCUUCGUGUUGGAAUAUUUUGUCAGUCCUGAGCUUCUCAUCCUCUUCUUCCUCCUCUGCCUCACAGUUUGUAGGUUAACGACCAACUUUUCUCACCGACACAAAAGUCGAUUCCUGUCAUUGUGCAAAUAGUGAUGUGGCCUUACUGUACAUGUUCAGUGUAUGUGGACUUAGAUUUAAAUCUGUGUCAAUGCAGCACAAGUUUCGCAGUGAUCCAGAUAAAAAAAAGGGACACUAGUUUGAUGAAACCCUGCUCAGAUGUAAUAAAAGACCUGUGAGAGAUGGA